AUGACUCGCACACAACCCCUCCUCACCCUCUCCCGGAGGUAUCUCACAACCGCCGCACCCCGAACAACCACAACCACACCCAUCCGUACAACCACAUCUCUCCUCACCACCAAACCCACCACCACCACCACCACCCUCCGCACCAUCCAACACCAACCAUGCCUCCGCACCACCACCCCUAGCAUCCGUCCCUACCACUCAAUCCACCACCCCUCCCCACCCCACGAAUACUCCAACUCCCAAACGACCAUCCUCUCCUCCGCUCUCCGCCACGUUCCGACCCACGGCUUCACCCGCGACGCCCUAACCCUCGGAGCCCGGGACGCCGGCUUCCUGGACGUCUCGGUGCAACUUCUCCCGCGGGGCGAAUUCGACCUGAUUCUCUUCUGGCUGGCGAGUCGUCGGGGUCUCCUCCGCUCGAAGGUGGAGAACGAUGCGCUGCUGCAAUCAUCCCAGCAGGGACCUCUGUCCGUGGACGACAAGAUCAAGACUCUGAUUAUGGAGCGGUUGCGCAUGAAUGUUGAAGUGAAGGAUAAGUUGCAGGAUGCCCUAGCCAUCAUGUCCCUCGGCGAAAACAUCCCCCUCUCAUUAUCCGAACUGCACGCUCUCUCGGACGAUAUCCUCACGCUAGCGGGCGACGCUUCCGUCGAUGCAUCGUGGUACUCGAAGCGCAUGGCUGUGGCGGCUGUGUAUGCGUCGUCGGAGUUUGUGAUGACGCGGGAUACGAGCGCGGGGCUGCGCGAUACCGAGGAAUUUGUGAGUCGCCGGUGGGCGGAUGCGAGGGCUGUGAAGGAUAAGGUGUCUGGGGUAAAGCAGUGUUUGGGGUUCUUGGGGUCAACUGCUGUGGGAUUGGGGAGGAGUUGGGGGUUGAAGCUGUAG